AUGUGGAUCUGGAACCCAGCCCUGAUUACCUUACUUAACCCGGGAGGUCUCGAACCGGAACCGGGAGAAAUCUCAGAGUUUACGGACCGCAGAAAAACCCAAAGCAAACAAAGCAAAGGCAGAACCGGGCCCCCGAGCAGGCCGCCCGGGGGGGCCUUUGUUGUGCCCUCCGCGGCCUCCGGGGAGCGGCAGACCGGGAGCGCGCGGCGGCCGGCCCGAAGCUCGGAGCGGCCCGGGCGGUCUGAGCUUCCGUUUCCUCCUCCGAGGCCCAGGCGGCCGAGGCAGCCGAGGCGGCCGCGCCGCAGCCCCGGAGCGCUGCCCGCGGGCCGCGACAGGCAGGUGGAGCCCCGGGGGGAGGCGCUGAGCCCCGGCGGAGGGCCGCGGCCCAACGGGCAGACCAAGCCGCUGCCCGCGCUGAAGCUGGCGCUGGAGUACAUCGUGCCGUGCAUGAACAAGCACGGCAUCUGCGUGGUCGACGACUUCCUGGGCAGGGAGACCGGCCAGCAGAUCGGCGACGAGGUGCGCGCCCUGCACGACACCGGCAAGUUCACAGACGGGCAGCUGGUCAGCCAGAAGAGUGACUCUUCCAAGGACAUCCGGGGGGACCAGAUCACCUGGAUCGAGGGCAAGGAGCCCGGCUGCGAGACCAUCGGCCUGCUCAUGAGCAGCAUGGACGACCUCAUCCGCCACUGCAGCGGGAAGCUGGGCAACUACAGGAUAAACGGCCGAACGAAAGCCAUGGUUGCUUGUUAUCCAGGCAAUGGAACAGGCUACGUCCGUCAUGUUGAUAACCCAAACGGAGAUGGAAGAUGUGUGACGUGUAUAUAUUAUCUAAAUAAAGACUGGGACGCCAAGGUAAGUGGAGGCAUACUUCGAAUUUUCCCGGAAGGCAAAGCCCAGUUUGCCGACAUUGAACCCAAGUUUGAUAGACUGCUGUUCUUCUGGUCUGACCGGCGCAACCCUCACGAAGUGCAGCCAGCAUACGCUACAAGGUACGCAAUAACUGUUUGGUAUUUUGAUGCAGAUGAGCGAGCAAGAGCUAAAGUGAAAUAUCUAACAGGUGAAAAGGGUGUCAGGGUUGAGCUCAAUAAGCCUAACUCGGUCGGCAAGGAUGUGUAGCGGGGCCUUAGGUCCGGCAGAGCCCGCUCCACCUCCAGCCCCUCGGAUGCCUGCCGUGGGCUCGCGUCCACGUGGACGGAAUGGGCAGAGGCGCCCGUGUUCCAGUCGGGAGCCAGGCGGCCGGCCGCUCAGACAGAGGGCUCCGCCUGCUGUGACUGCGACGCAGCACUCGGUGCUGACUGAGGAGGAGAUGCUGCGGGCGAGAGUGGCUUCUCCAUCGGGACGCGAGACGAGGGCCCUUUGUAGGAUUCUCUUCAUUCUUCUAUUUUGCCAGAUCUAUCAUCUAACUGAGUUCAUUUCAUCUCUUUUUUAUAUCAAGUUUGAAUUCGGGGAAUUUUUGUAUUAGGUACAAUUUAUCAAAACUGAAUUAAGAAAAAAAUUUACAGUAUUAUUCUCAAAAUAACAUCAAUCUAUUUUUGUAAACCUCUUCAUGCUAUUAAAUUUUGCCCUAAAGACCUCCUUCAAUGAUUGUCGCCAGUGACUGAUGACGUGUUUUCUUUUGACUGAAAGUAAAGAAAGGGCGUUGAGCCCCAUGAAGUGCA